GCCCCGCCCCCAAAAAUCUACGUCACUGACCAAGCCUGUACCUAGUAACUUUAUUUGCGCUAGGUUGCCGGCCAUGGUGAAUGUCACUUGAACAUGUCAUUUGAGAACUGUCAGUUGCGUUGUCACCUUUCGCGUAAACCGUAGACACGUCAACGUCAUCUUUUUCCUAAAAGGGUGUAAUGUUUUUCAGAAAAAAGAAUAUACACCCUAGAGAUUAGUGUAAUUUUCAUAUAAAAUAUCAUCAAAAUGGUGCUUAUAGCAGCUGCUGUCUGUACCAAAGCAGGCAAAACUAUCGUGUCUCGACAGUUCGUGGAAAUGACGAAGGCGCGUAUCGAAGGGCUACUUGCAGCAUUUCCAAAAUUGAUUCCAACUGGGACCCAACAUACAUUCGUUGAGACAGAUUCAGUACGCUACGUAUAUCAACCUCUGGAAAGGUUAUACAUGCUGCUAAUCACAACAAAAGCUAGUAAUAUAUUGGAAGAUCUUGAAACAUUGCGACUGUUCGCAAGAGUCAUACCAGAGUAUUGUCGGUCAUUGGACGAAAAUGAUGUAGCAGAAAAUGCCUUUUCACUAAUAUUUGCGUUUGAUGAGAUAGUAGCAUUAGGUUAUAGAGAAAGUGUGAACUUGUCACAGAUCCGCACUUUUGUUGAAAUGGAUUCACAUGAGGAAAAAGUUUAUCAGGCUGUUAGACAGAGUCAAGAGAGGGAAGCAAAAAACAAGAUGCGGGAGAAAGCAAAAGAGUUGCAGAGACAGAAAAUGGAGGCUGCGAAGAAGGGUAUCAAACCAUCUUUCGGGAGUUCUGGAGGUUUUGGAAGCAACUCAACUUAUACUUCUACACCAACUGUUGGGGACCUUGCUAAUAUUUCAAAUGAUGUCAAGCCACCAGCAUAUAGUGCUCCAGUACAGAAACCAAAAGGUAUGAAGCUCGGAGGCAAAGGGCGUGAUGCAGAAUCAUUUUUAGAUCAGCUUAAAUCAGAGGGUGAAAAUGUGAUUGCGCAGGUGAAAAAUAACAUUUCUCAGCAGGGACCUAAGGCUCCAGCUAUCAAAUCAGAAAUUGAUGAUGUCCAUCUGAGGUUGGAGGAGAAACUAAUCGUAAUAUUAGGACGUGAUGGAGGCGUCCAACAUUUCGAACUACUUGGCCUAGUAACAUUACACAUCGGAGACGAACGUUGGGGCAGGGUACGCGUACAGCUGGAAACAGAAAACAGACAUGGACUCCAGUUGCAGACGCAUCCUAACGUCGACAAGGAGUUGUUCAAGUCUCGUUCGCAGAUUGGUCUAAAACAACCCUCAAAACCUUUCCCGCUGCACACGGACGUAGGAGUUUUAAAAUGGCGUAUGCAAAGCACAGACGAGAACCUUGUGCCUUUGCUGAUCAACUGUUGGCCCUCAGAAAACGGUGACGGAUGCGACGUCAACAUCGAAUAUGAACUGUCUCAUACCAAUUUGGAGCUGUAUGACGUUAAUAUCACCAUUCACUUGCCGAUCGGUUGCAAUCCGGUGGUAGGAGAAUGCGACGGAACUUACAGCCAUGAGGCGAGGCGUAACCAGUUGACAUGGAGCUUGCCACUUAUAGAUGCUACGAGCAAAAAUGGAUCUAUGGAAUUUAACGCACCUAGGGCAAAUCCCAACGAUUUCUUCCCUCUUACGGUUUCGUUUACUUCAAAAUCUUCGUACGCCAACAUUAAGGUAUCUGAGGUGGUUUUGGUAGACGAUGAAUCGCCAGUGAAGUAUUCAGUUGAAUCAGUUUUACAUCCAGAAAAGUAUGAGAUAGUGUAAUUAAUAAAUGUUUACAGGGGCAUGUUUUUGAUAGGUCAGGAACGAUUGAUCAUAGUAUGUACAGAAAAACGUGUUUGUUUCUAGCAUUCUGAGUUAUAUGUUACAAAGUCACAAUACAGGGCCAAUAUAUAACAGAGUAAUUUGUUCCACCAUAUCGUCAAAAUGAAAUAGAUCCAAUUUAAUCUUUUAUGAAAAGUAAUAUAACAUAAAUAGAGAGACGUAUAAGGGUAUCAAAUCUGGUGAUCUAGAGGGCCACAUCACAUCGCCUAAUGGAAACAUUCCCAAAAUAAUCAUCAUUUCUUUAACUGUUCUAUCAUGUUGGAACUACAUUUAUUUCAGGUCAAAAUAGAUUGUUAGAAAAUCCAAGAAAGGUCUGAUGACAGGCGAGUGUACUCAGGUUUGUGUGGCUUCCAAAUGUGACAGAUCCAACUAAAUAUUUUUUUUUACAAUUGCGAGAGAUAAAGUUAAAGUAUGGAUCUAACUCUGUGGUAGCCUCAAAUUGGUCGGUUAUGUAUUGGCCAGUCUGUAGUUGAAAUCAUGCCUUUGUAUAGGAAAAAGGUGUCUUUAAGGAAUAAUUCACUAUUUGUAUAAAACAUUAUACUAAACUUAUUUGUUCAUGCAUUGUUGCUUUUGUACAAAAGUUGAAAAAAGUAAAUGUGUCCUUUAUUUUUACCUAUAUAAUAAAAGUGAAGUAAGUUACGAUUCACUAUUUACUAUGUAGAAAAUAUAGUUUUUUAUAUAUACAUGUAUAUUUACUCGAGGC